AUGAAGCCAUCUACAGUGUUACUAUCACUCCCUUGGGCCAUAUCGGUUGGAGCAUCCCCUACCGGCCAACCGCAUGCGCCACCCAAGUUCCAAUGGACAGACCUUCCAGCUGUUGGCAAUGGCGCCGCCAUCCAGGAACACGGCACUACAGCGACCAAUACUCAUAUCUACCUUCUAGGCGGCAUUUCGCCUAACGCCAACGCCAGCAUACCAGCGAUCCAGUCAAGAGACACAUUCGAGGCCUACUCGCUCGAAGAAGGCACAUGGGAGACUCUAACCCCGAUCCCGGAGGCUUUCACCCAUAUAAACGCCGCCGCCGUUAACGAUAAAAUCUACUUGCUCGGAGGUCUCACGGGUAAUGGAUCAGACAUGGUAUGGCGGUCUUCACGCGACUGUUUUGUCUACGACAUCGUCGAACGCACAUGGACGGCUCUACCCCCCAUGCCGGAGGGACAGGGCCGUGGGGCCUCAGCUGUAGGAAUAUUAGGAAAUACUGUGUACUUGGCUGGAGGGUUAGACCGGCUCGAAAUUGGUGGCGACCAACUCACUCUUGAUAUAGUGAGCGCAUACGAUACCGAAAAGGGGACGUGGACAACGCUGCCAAGUAUUCCCGCGCCGAGAGAUCACGUCGGGGGAGCAGUCAUAGGCCAGAAGUUCUACGUUGUUGGCGGUCGCGACCACGGGCAAGUGAACGUGCGUAACACGACUUGGUCUCUCGAUCUCAGCGCGCCGUCAAAGGGAUGGGUGGCCCAUGCCGAAAUGCCUACCGCCCGCGGUGGACUGGCGGUUGGUGUCAUCGGCGACUACAUUGCCACUUUUGGGGGCGAAGGCAAUCCUGCGCCCGGGUCGAACGGCGUAUACAACGAAACGGAAGUUUACAGCGUGAAGGACGACGUGUGGUUCAAGCAGCCGGCUAUGCGACACCCGAGGCAUGGCACGGCGGCGGCCUCGGUAAACGGUCGCAUCUACAUCCCGGGCGGUGGUAUUGUCAUGGGCUCGGGGCCGGUGGAUACGUUUGAUUCGUUUGAGCUGAGUCCCUGA